AUGACUAUGCCGCCAUACAUGAGCAACGAUCGCUUUAUCUGGACUAAUGAAGAACCGGAUGCGGAACUCAUUGAACCUGAAAUUUUAGCAUCAGUUGAUAAGAACUGGCUCACUUUCAAUUUGCAGAAAGAUUGUCCACCUCAAUCUCAUAGCUUUACGUUGUACAACCACGGUGAUCACGCUUUUGCGUUCAGUAUUUCGACAAGCGACAAUUAUGCUUAUUUUGUAUCACAGGUACAAGGGAUAGUGUUUGGUCGUCAGCUGCAUGCUCUACCAUUUGUGCGAACUACUAAUUCAACAACGAUAACAGUCUACCGGAGACCUACGAAUGCCUUCAAAAUGGAUGAGGAUUAUCCGUACAUCAAAAGAACUGAACUGCCUCGAAAAGACCGCUUAUUUAUCUAUUUGGCACCAGUUUUUCACUGGAAAACUCAACCGAUAUCCGUGUUUAAUCACGCAAUGCCCUAUGAGAAAUUAAGAAUUUGUUUGAAUUAUACGGCUCAGUGCGAGUGUGAAGGAUCGAAUUUCUCAUUGCAACAAAGACGUAGUGGAUGGAAUACAUGCCGAUCUUCAGAAAGCUGCUUUCAGACUCGACUGGUAUCUUAA